GGAAAGCAAAUUGGCAUUUUGGCCGGAAUUUCUUCAAGUGUUGAGCCGUCUGCCGGACAAAAGUGAAUGGCCUAUAUUCUGCUGUGACAUUCGUCUUCUUAUUUUCAAGAAUUAAUCAUAGUUUAAUUUAUAAAUCAAAAUGAAACUCAUCUAUUUAACCCUACUGGUACUUCCAGCGGCACUCCUCUGCUUUCAAAAUGCCAACUCAAUCCUAGCCCGUGCUGAAGAAGACGAGCUAGAUGAUGAUGUAGUGGACAUUGAAGGAGAAGACAACCAGGUGGUCGGUGAUGAUGCACUCGGAGACGAUGACGAAGGUGUCGUGAAGUCCUCACAAGAUGUAGACACUACCAUUCUGUUCACCAAGCCCGUCACUAGCCUAGGAGAUGCUGUUUUCGACCUGCUAGCCGGCAGCCCUGUGGAAUUCCUCGUUGGUUUCAUCAACAAGGGUGCUGAAGAUUAUGUUGUGGAAUCCAUGGAGGCUUCCUUCCGUUACCCAAUGGACUACACCUACUACAUCCAGAACUUCACCGCGCUGCCUUACAACAAGGAGGUCAAGCCCAAGCAGGAGGCCACCUUCGCAUACUCCUUCAUCCCCAACGAGGCCUUCGCUGGCAGACCCUUCGGACUCAACAUCCAGCUUAACUACAGGGAUGCCAGCGGCAACUACUACCAGGAGGCCGUGUACAACCAAACCAUCAACAUCGUAGAAAUCUCCGAAGGCCUCGACGGAGAGACGUUCUUCCUCUACGUGUUCCUCGGAGCCGCCUGUGUGUUGGCACUCGUUCUGGGCCAACAGGCGCUGGCGUCGCUCGCCCGCCGCCGCUCCCCGCGGUCCGCGCCCAAGCCCCUCGAGACUGGCACGGCCAAUGAUGUCGACUACGACUGGCUGCCUAAGGAAGUUGUCGCGCAGCUUAAGAAAUCUCCCAAGACGCCCAAACAGUCUCCUCGCUUGAGGAAAGCAAAGAGAUCAGCUGGAGACGAUUAAAUAUAAGUUAGAAUUUCAAACAGAGAACAUCAAGCACAAGAAGUGUGCGUGCGCCGUGAAACACUAAAGUAAGAAUAGGCCGUUACAAAACGCCCAAGAAAAAAAUGCUCAAGAGUCCAGUUCUAUGCCAGUUCGCGCGCUUAUUCUUAAUUUAGUCGGGACAAUACUGAAUGUGUGUUGUUUUUAGUUGCUAAGAGUGUUGUGAGAGUAAAUUAUGGAACAAACAGUGUGAGAGAAUUUUUCAUUUCGCGCGCGAUUAAGAAAAUGAAGACAUUUAUUUAAUAAAAUGUUAUCUUUUUA